UUAAAUUUUUGUAUUGUCGGCCAUUUUUAUCUAAUCUGAUCUUUCAUUGAAGAGUUUUCUUUAAAUUAGCUCAAAUUUGACCAUAAUAAUGUCGUUGCGACUUUUUUCUCGUGCUGCAUUGUUGGCAAAGUUUGCUCGGCGAAGCUUUGCGUCAGAAGUGGCGAUUUCGACUCCACCAAGACUGGAGCACUACAGUCCUAUUGAAAUGGACAGAUAUGAAGUUGACGGAUCUCUUGCAGGAAAAGAGAAAAAACCAUGGACUGAACUCAGUAAAGAAGACAAAAUUGCCAUAUACAGAGCCUCGUUUCCUUACACAAUCGAGGCAAUGAACAACACAGGAGAGUCUUAUACCAAAGAAAUUGUUGGUGCUGUUGCCAUGUUGUUGGCAUUAUCAAUGUCAUUUUUCUUGUUUCUGCGGAAAUAUGUAUCAGCAGAAACUCCAAGAACUGUGAAUGAAGAAUGGGCAAAGGCGACAGUCGAGAAACUUCAGAAAAAUCAGGCUAAUCCAAUUACUGGCAUUUCCUCCAAAUAAGAUCUUCGAGAUGUACACUGUCAUUAGUUAAGAAAAAUAUUGUGUUUGAAUAUCUUUGUAAUAAUUCACAUUGACUUGUUAAGUUUAGGAUUACUAUUGCGACAUAAAAAAUAUUACUUCCCCAUUGUUUUUCAAUUUUA